AUGCCUCUAUCUUUCUCUCAGCCGUGCUCCUGGGCAUUUCUGGUGCUGCUAGUGUCAAACGUCCUUUUAUGGGAGAAUGUGGCCUCUGUACCUUUGAACAGAAAUGAGACUGAUGAACUAUACCUCAAGGAACUCUUGGAUCACGCAAUGCUACUCUACAAAAAUAUCAGGGACCUAAACAUGGAUUUGCCCAGGAUAUUUAUCGUCAGUGUGUCAUCUGAAAAAGUUUCUAAUAAAUUUGUAAGUACCUCACUUGCUUCCAUCUUCUUUCCUCCAAGUCUUCAUGUUAAUGACUAUAUGCUUGAGUUUCUCUCAAAUCAAGAAUUCCUGGUUAAGAAUCUCAUCUCCUGCCACAAUUAUUCCAUCAAAACACCAGAAAACAUGGAUGAAGUCCAAAAGAUCUCUCUCGAAGACUUUCCAAAACUGAUACUCAGUAGAAUGCAAGCUUGGAAUGACACUCUUCACAACCUCCUGAUUAUACUUGGAAGUAUGCCAGGAACACACGAUGAUGUCCUAUCAUUAGCCAAAAACAUCAGGACAAAAACUGCAGAGCUUUUUGAAGACUCCAAGGGUAUACUAAACAAGAUUUAUGGAACAACAAAAGAUGUGGAUUAUACCCUCUGGUCUGGUCUUGAAGACAUUCAAUCAUCUGAUGAAGACUCUCGCUUUAUUGCUCUUUGUAAAUUAUCAUCUUGCUUGCACAUUGAUUUACAAACAGUUGACCUUUCUCUCACGAUCUUGAGAUGUAUGGUGCUUAUUGAUAGUGACAUAUGCUCAUCCCCAAGAACUGGAGAGUCAUGA